AUGGGAAGGCAACCUUGCUGUGAUAAAGUUGGGUUGAAGAAAGGGCCAUGGACUGCUGAAGAAGACCAGAAGCUCAUCUCCUUCAUCCUUAACAAUGGCCAAUGCUGUUGGAGGGCUGUCCCUAAACUUGCAGGAUUGUUGAGAUGUGGGAAGAGUUGCAGGUUGAGAUGGACUAAUUACCUGAGGCCGGAUUUAAAAAGAGGUCUUUUGUCGGAAUACGAGGAGAAAAUGGUCAUUGAUCUUCAUUCUCAACUCGGGAACAGAUGGUCAAAAAUUGCUUCCCAUCUUCCGGGAAGAACAGACAACGAGAUAAAAAAUCAUUGGAACACCCACAUAAAAAAGAAGCUAAGAAAAAUGGCAAUCGACCCUCAAACUCACAAGCCCAUUUCUCUAAUCGACGAUACUCAUUUAUCUCAAAAGGACCAAAACCGCCGCAAAUCUCAACGAAAGCAGACUCCACCACAACCAUCACCACCAAAAGAGCUCAAGAACGAGGUAGCAAGCGAUGAAACAAACAUAAUGAACUUGAUUAUCGACGGGUUCUGCACGGAAGAAGUUCCUCUAAUUGAGCCACACGAAAUUCUAAUCCCUUCCGCUUCGUGUUCCUCAACCGCAACAACUUCUUAUUCAUCUUCUAGUACUUCUACUUCUUCAUUGUGUUCAAACUCAGAAUCAGCAGCCAAUUUGCUUCAAGAUUUGGCGAAUGAGUUUCCAGAGUUUGAGUGGCCAAAUAUUUUUGAAAAUGGCAUAGUGGAGGAGCUUUUACAAGAUGAUUUUGGUAGCACUUGGGAUUUUGUGGCUAAUAAUUAUGGCUUCCUAUGA